CCGGCUCAACGCCAACCCGGUCGGAGGAAGCAUUCGCUUGGCUGCAAGAAGUAUCUCUCUGACAGUGCGGCAGUUAAUUGUUCAUCGCAUCGUUCACCAUGUGUUCAUCCCAAUUUCCCUUUUGGGUAUUGGGCAGAUUCAAGUGAGAUCUUUUGUUAAUUCGAACCAUCCGACAAAGUCUCCUACGAUUGCGGCGUCUCACAGCGCAUGUACAUUAUUACCACGUCUUUACCAGGCGCCUGCUGCCUUGUCGGCCUGCCACUCGCUCCUCCCGCAUGUUUCAUUGAAAGCGGCCUCACCACCGCAGCCCGCAAGCUGGAGCUCGGACGGGCUGUGACGAAGGGAUCGAGUUUGCGACAAAAGCUCAAGAGAUCUCACAGACUCUCGCAGUCAGAGCGCCAAAGGGAGCGCCGUAACAGGCGCCAGUCUACAACAAGGGUUUCCCUCGGCCUCCCCACUCGCCAGCACGAACUUGAAGUUAUUGCAAUUUAUUUGUCAACGCGACUCAAUCCAACUAACAAAGUUGCUAUGUUUUGGGAACACGGUUGCAGCUUUCGAUGUUGUUACAUUCACUUAAUCUCUUUCGCUGCGGUCGCGUCAGGCUCUCUGCGUCAGUUCACAGCUGGUGCCCAGAGUGCCGACUUGCGAUGUGUCACCUUUUUGAUUAUCAUGUACGAGUGAGUCAGAAAGAGAAAGCGACAAAUGAUGUCAAGCGCACUGCGCAUCCGCC